AUGGCCGUCAUGCCUUCGAAAGUCUUGCGCCCUCGUGGCAACGACUCAGGCCGAACCUUCUCAAUCAUCUUUGCCGUCAUCGCCUUUCUCGUCGUCCUUGGGUGUGUGAUCUGGGGCAUCAUCCUUCCGAAAUAUCGAAAGAGGCGCGGCACUCAUCGCCUAGGUCGAUACACAGUAACGCCGUAUUAUCCUCCAUUCAGUCCUCCUCCACGCUUCCCCAGUCAUCCUGCCCUGUUGCGUGGUUUUCGAAAGCAGCCUCAAGCCCCGGUGCAACGAUAUGAUCCGAGAAUCGAGAGCCCUUUCCCAAACAGUCCGACACAGCUGCAAACAAUCCAUCAUCCUUCCCAAGCUGGCUCAGUCAACCCUGUUAGUCACGCUUAUGGGCCUUUCACUCCCCGUCAAUGUUGGCUUUCCACAAGAAAUCACACCCAAACCAUAUGGGAAGGCGACCUGCAAGCGGCAAGACAAGGGGCAGGGAAUGACCCGCGAAAUUUCACCACAUUCAGAGGGAAGCAUGAUUACAUACUGCCAGUUCCGGAGCCUCUUGUCUUGAAGCCAAGGCCUGCAGGGAGACCGCCGCCACUGACGAGGCAACUGGAGCGGUUUCCUUUCCCCUUCAGCUCCGGCCGUAAAGGAGGACUCGUUCAUCCCGCAAAACUCUUCCAUGAUUUGGAACUGCGAAACUCGGAGUCAACUACAGACACCUUCGGAACUCCUUCCCCAGCCCCGCAACAUCCUAGUCAGCCAGCUGCUGUAGAAAUGUCAGCGAUGGGACCACCCGCCCGCUGCCGGACCUCUCCUGAAAGCCUCCAGGGCGAGUUGCACAAAUCUGGCGAGGGCAAGACACACAAUGCGCAACGAAUUGGCCUAUUGUCAGCCACGAGAUGCCCACCCAAAACCUGCGAUGCGGCAGGAGCACCAAGGACGAGACACGUGCGGAAGCAGGAGAGGUUAGAAAGAAUGGGGACGUUGACAAGACCAAAGACUCCCGUGGCUGAGAUACGAGAUUGGUUUGAUCGAGCGGCUAGCACUGCCAACAAGGAGAAAGAUUCAUCGAAGCCUUACACGCCCUCCUCCAAUCCCUUCACGACGCCUGGACUGGCAUCGACGCCAGCAACUUCCCCAACCCAGACGUUGAAGAAGCCACAGGCUCUGGCAACGCCGUCGCGGCCACAAGGUGUCGCUCCUGGCAUGAAUGUGCCAUCUCACAGCCACAGAAGAACACCUAGUUCGGUGAUCCUCCCAUCUCCAGGAAAGCUCCGCGAGUUGCAGCUGGCGAGGCCAAACAAAAAAGUGCCUCAGGCAGCUAAAGGGUCUCCUGCCAAGAUUUUCAAACGGCGAUCAAAUUCAGGACGUGCCAAACUCGUGUCAUGGUCCCAGUUGCGACCCAGCAAACGAAUCUCCCGGCGUUUCUCUUCUUCUUCGCUUUCGACGAUCUUCAAGCCCAUUCUUGCCCCGAGGAGCAAGCACAGCCAGGGCACGUCAAGCAUCUAUAGCCGUGACGUGAGAGAGCUGAGUUUCACGGGAGCAGCAGAUCGCCAAGGAGGAGACGCCGAGAGCAAUGAUCGAGUUGUAUCAGGGUUGCCAUCAGGAAAUGGCACUCACUUGGCUCACAAGCCAUCAGCUUCUAUUGACCCUCUGAAGUCCAAGAUCGACAAUUGGGACCUUCACACGGGCGAUCUGGAUGUGUCCAUGAUCCCUCGCUCAGCGAUCAAACGAUCGAUAUCAGAUUCCGGGCUCCGUUGUGCGACGUUGUGGAGCUGCGAAGGACGUCCCACGAGCGGGCAGGGCGCUCCCGGUGUGGCGUGCGAAGGUCGGGGCAGAUCCAUUCCGCUUAUUCAGAUUGGGCGAUCCAGCGACGACGUUUUCGGAAUCGAAGCAGAUGGCUUCGAACCCCACGAAGCGAGCAAAUUGAUGAAGAAAAUCGGGCAUUUCGAGACAGCACCAAUCAUUCUUGGUGGCUUGGGCCACGGCACAGCGCCGGGCGGUGGGGAGUGGAUUUGA